AUGGACACGCAGGAUGAAGAGUUAGAUGGAAAGAAGGAAUAUAAUAUUGAAAGGCCACCUAACCCCCAACGGCUUAAGUUUGGUUUGCUUUUUGGGUCGAUAGCAGAGACUGUUUGGCUGCACUGGCCAGCAACCAUGGUUAGCUUUCGCGUUCUAGCUUCUAACUUCGAGAAACAAGCGAAGGGAAAGAGAAGGAAAGAGAGAGUGGCAAUAGCCAAUACGCAGAUGAGUGGAAGCAGCAUAAACUCAGUUUUCUACGCAGAGACAUACCAUCCAAUUCAAGCCGGUAGUAUUGACGGCACCGACACUGCUCCUCAUGAUAACGGCGUUUACCGUGCUCUUCUCUGUUCCUCCGCCGGUCUCUAUGACCCUUUUGGAGAUCCUAAGGCCAUCGGUGACCCUUACUGCACUGUCUUUGUUGGGCGCCUCUCUCAUCUUACUACCGAAGAUACACUUAGGAAGGCAAUGAGCAAGUAUGGUAAAGUUAAGAACUUGAGAUUGGUUAGGCACAUUGUGACUGGUGCCUCAAGAGGCUAUGCCUUUGUUGAAUUUGAAACUGAAAGGGAGAUGCAGCGUGCAUACAUGGAUGCUCAUCAUUCGUAUAUUGAUGACUCUGAAAUCAUAGUUGACUAUAAUAGGCAACAAUUGAUGCCUGGGUGGAUACCAAGAAGGUUAGGAGGUGGCCUUGGUGGUAGAAAGGAGUCUGGACAGCUUCGGUUUGGAGGCCGAGAAAGGCCGUUUCGAGCUCCUCUGUAUGGAGAUGCAUUGAGGGGUAUGGCAUGUCAAACUAUUCCAUAUGAUGAUUUGAAGAGGCUUGGCAUUCCUCCUCCACCAGAGGGAAGAUAUAUGUCUCGCUAUGAGGUCCCAUCACCCCCUAGAAGAAAAUGGAGCUCCAGAGACAGGGAAGAAAGCUCUUGCAGGAGGAGCUCCAUAGACAAGGAAGAACACAGGCAUAGAAGUAGAUCUGUUGAGGUCGAGGAAUCCUAUAACAAAAGGAGCUAUAAGGACAAGGAAGAGCGCUAUGGUGAAAGACACUUUGUGGAAAAGGAAGAACGCCACUACAAAGGCAGCUCCAUGGAUAGAUCAGAGCACUCUCGCAGAAGGAUCUCACCAGAGAGGAGUGGUUACCAUCACAAAAGGAGCUAUUUAGACGGGGAAGACCACUAUGACGACCGAAGCCCUGUGGAUAUGGAAGAACCCUCCCGCAAAAAGUUGAGAGAAAGGGAGGAGCGCACUCACAAACGGAGCUCUAGGGAUAGGGAAGAAGGUUCUUGCAAGCGACAUAAACAUGGUGGUUCAUCUGAUAAAAGACGCAAUGAGGAGGUCUAG